AGUUGAAGGUGUAGGGAACUAUGUCGGUAGUAAUACAUCGGUACAAGUUGGACCAGUAGAGGGGCUGAAAUCUGUGGAACCCAUGAAUACUUAUGGUCAUUAUUUGCCUGGAACAAACUUUACCCGGUACAUCAUUUGUUCCGUAAGAGCCAAUUUUGGGUUGUCAUUGAGAUUUACCAGCUGAUGGCGGGAUAUACUUCAGAGGGAAUACUGGUAGUUUUCCCAAACCUGCUAUCAGUGCACAGAGAGUUAUGAUUAACGAAACAUAAUUCAUCAAUACUUACACAAUAGAUGGUGGUAAUAGAGGGGCUAAACCUAAGACUGGAGGCAACAUUAACCAUACCAGGCCAGAAGAUACAUCGAGAUCUGUUAAAGUGCCUAAGAAUCACAGCAGAAAUUCUAGAAUCAAUGCCAUUUAGGAGUACUCCUCCAGGUCCAGCAACAUCCUACGGAAUCAGGGGAACAUGGACAGGAGGGCCAACGGGGGAUAGGGGCUUCUUAUCUAUUGGAACCAUGCCAUAUUUAGAUGAUAACCAAUGAGGAGCAGUAUGACUGAGAUGAUCCUGCCGUAUCUAUGUGGAGUGACAUUUAUGCUGAAAGUCGUGGGAGCCACGUUCAACACUUCGGACUGUCCGAUUAUUCUGGAGUAUCCCAAAGAGACCAUAGGGCCGAAUACAAUUCUCCAGAAACACGAGUCAGCCUUGCUAAUACUCUUAGGGUUUGGCGGGUUCUCCGUCAUUCUUGCCCUGAUCCAUAACGCAAUAAGGAAGUACGUCUUCCAUGAUGCACACAACCUGGACACGGCGUUUGAUGCCGGAGGUAACAUCAGUACGAGUUUGACGGCCGUCACAGUAGCGUCUCAAAUGUUCUGGCCUGCGGACAUUCUCCAGAGUGCGACGUUAGCAACAAAGCUUGGAGUUUCCGGAGCAUUCUGGUAUGCUGUUGGAGUGAUAAUCAACAUCUUCAUAUUUCCAAUCUUCUCAGUGCAUUUCAAAACCCGAGCCCCUGGGGCUAAAACGUACUUACAGAUCAUUUACGCUAGAUAUGGAAUGAAGGCACACAUAGUAUUUUGCUGUUUUGCACUCGUCACCAAUUUGGUUAUCAUGACAGCAUUACUGUUGGCGGGAAAAACAACCAUCCAAUCAGUGACCGAAAACGUGUCGGAAGAAUACACUCUCUUGAUCAUGGCAACCUUGUUUGGAUCCUACUCGCUGAUUGGUGGAAUCGGAACUACAUUUUAUGUGUCAUAUUUCAAUGCGUUUCUGGCUUAUGUCGCAUUAACAGUUUUCUUUACAAAGGUUCUUUAUAAUAAUACCAGUAGAUUUCUUGAUAUAGGUGACAUUUCUAACAUAUACAACGUCGUUUCUUGUGUCGAAGGAUCAGGCGGAAACAGCUUGAUGAGUUUCCGAUCCGAGAGUGGUAUUGUGUAUGGGAUAGUAGGAUUUUUUGUAGCAUCAUCUAUGGUUUAUUGUGAUCAAGCAGCGUGGCAGAGUAGAAUUGCUGCUAAACCAAUGCAGGGAGUUUGGGGUUUUAUCUUGGCUGGACUCAUGUGGAUUGCGAUCCCCUCCACGUUAGGAAACACCACAGGGAUGGCCUACCUUACUCUCAGUGCCAAAAACGGAACUCAUCUACUCACGGCUAGCCAAAUAGAUCAAGGGCUGGUGUCACCCUUGAUCGCCGAGGCAGUUCUAGGACCAGCAGGAGGAAUCAUGAUUUUAUGCAUGGUGUCAAUGGCUCUGAUGUCUACUGGGUCCGGAGAGGUGAUGGCCGUUUCGUCCAUAAUUGUUUACGACAUCUACCAGACCUACCUCAGGCCCUUCCGGAGAAACUUGGGACCAUCCAAUUGUGUGCUGUGUGGCAAGGCCUCCAAGCCGGAUACCGACACUAGUACUAAUGAAAUUGAUGUUUGUCAGUGCCCAAGCGUCACAAGUUGUAAACAGUGUAUUGAUGACAUACUACACAGAGGCAUCAAUAAAUCGACUGACGGUAGCAUAUCUACCUAUAAGUGCCCGGUUCAUGGCCCGUACAGGAUGUACCAAGACCACCUCAUCGACUUCAAGAACUGGUGUAUUAUAUGGGUGGCCAUCUGUAUAAUACCUUUCGGACUCAUCAUAUUUUCCAGCGGUAUAGACUUGAAUUGGAUAUUCUUCGUCGGCGCCAUCGUCACGAUCCCUGCCUUUCCUGCAGUCGUCCUGGCCAUUAUGUGGGUAAAGCAAACAUCGAAAGGAAUAAUAGCAGGUGGUAUAGCCGGUUUACUGACCGGUAUAGCUGCCACAUUGAUUACAGCGACCAGGUAUGACGGAGGUCUUAGCAACUUUGUCGUAAACACGUCACAGGAAUACUCGAUUCUGGCGGGAAGUUGUUGCAGUUUCGGCAUCAGCUUUAUUGUAUGUAUAGUGGUGUCUGCCCUAACGAAUAAGAUCAAAACAAAGGCUGACGCUGAUGCAGAAUGGCAGAAAAUGUACGAUAUAGAAAACCCACUGAAUCCAUGGGAAAAGACUUUUAGAGAGGAACUCAAGGGGCAGCACUACGACAAGAAACCGUCAUUUGAUCAAAUGGCAGCCGCCUUCCGUCGAGUGAAACAUAUCGCCUACAUCAGCGGGGGAAUCAGUAUUGUCUUGUUUACUUUCGUGAUACCAGGGAUCUUGGCGAGCGUUCCUGUCCUCGACGAGGCUCAGUUUCAGGUCUGGAUUAUGUUGAAUCAAGCCUGGACUGUCAUUAUGGGGAUAAUAGCCAUUGUAGCGCCACCUGUCGAGGAAUUUUUGAAAAUCCGGAAACAACGUCGCAAAAAUAAAGACCAUGUGGUCAACGAACCCAUGGUGUCUACCUAGAGGUAUAAGUGUGACUAGCAAGCCUCAAUUGUCACAUAUAGUAAUUGUGUACACUUCUAUAUUUAAUAGAUAUCCUUCAACCACUUAUCAGAACUCCAGAGGAAAAUAUAUAUAACAUAAGACAGCCAAGGCUUAUUAAUGAACCAAUGGCUAGAACAAACCUUCAUCUCAGAAGUGUUUCCCUGAUAUUACUAAUCAAUUGAACAAUAAUAAUACCGCUACUUUCAAUUCUGUAUCCCUAAACCAGCUAAAAAAUAAACUGAAAUUAACUCCAGAACCUUUUAUUACAGCUGAAGAUAUGUGUGUUCAAACUUUUAAAUAUGGAGGUAACAGAAAAUUAAACAUAAUACUGUGUCAAUUAAGAAUUAAUGUAAGUCAAUUAAAUGCAGAUCUUUAUAAUGAUCAUCUAAGAGAUAAUUUAACUCGCCAAUGUGGUUAUUUAAAUGAAGACAAGAUACAUUCUUUUUUAAGAUGUCCUUUGUUAUAAUAAUAAUGACAGGAUUGGCCUUACCAGAUCAAUAAAUAAUAUAGAUCCACUUCUAAGAGAAAAUGUAAAUGUUCUUUUUUAUGGUAGUACUAACCAUAAUGAUCAGGAUGAUAUGUAUAAACUAGAAUGAGAUUCAUUUCAUAUACUAAACGCCUCUAAUGUAUUAACUUAAUUAGUUUAAAUUAUUAUCGAGGUUGGUACAAACACUUGAAAUAUGUAUAAAAUAUGGAUGUACGUAAGUAUACAUUGGUACUAUUUAUUGGGAAUUGGCUGACCUUUGUGUAAACAAAUGGACUUUUUGGUCAAGCCAUUCCCUCUACAAUUCAAAAUCUUUGAUCACGCUCAAUAUUAAGUAUUAAAGUGUUGAUUAUACAAGGCAUUGAUCCAUCACCAUACCAUCUUAUAUUUACCUUCAUAUAAUAUAAUAAUGCAGAAUUAAAUGAAUAUAUAAUAUUUGGGCAAUUCUUUUGAGUGAGUGAGGGAGUGUGUGUAUAAAAGUAAGUGCCAGUUUGAGUAGGAGCAUACGUGUGAGUAGUUAUAUUUUUUUCCAUGUAACCUAAUAAUAAGUAAAGAUUUAUUCUGUAUAGUUAGUAUCUUCUGUUGUGUGGUCAGUUGCUGCCCCCAGUCAGUGGGACCGCUGGAGGUCAGUAUGAUAUAUGGGGACGAGGCCAUUACCUAUGUCUACCAUGUACCAUACUGGCCAUCUGUGGAUUCACGGAGAGGGGUAGAGACUGACUAGGGAAUAUAAUCACUACAUUGGGGAUA